AUGCGUAUUUACAUUCUAGGAUUAUUUCUACUCUUACUCCAGAAUGCUGAUGCAUUGCCAAGUGAGACAAAUAUAGGAUUCUAUAUUAUUCCAAGAAAUAAUGUAAAACACGGCCUUCCAUAUGUAAUGAAUAUUUCUUCUAGUGGUGAAUGGUUCUUUGCCGAGUUCGGUAACCGAGAGGAUCAGAUCUUUAUUCUAAAGAAACCAAGCGCAAGAAAGCUAUGCUUGAAGUACAAAGAAGACGUGUGCCUUGAUACAAAUGCAGAUAUUGAUCGGAAAAAAGUCACUCUGUUCCGAUGGAAGGUAUGCCAGAAGUCACUUGAACAUAAUAAGAUAAAUAUCCUACGAACAGUUUACGAGAACAUUUUCACAAUUAAUAUUAAAAGGUGCAAUAUAUACUGCCUAUACAGCCAUUCCAAAGAGGCAGCCCCAGGAGACGAUCCUUCUCCAACAAUAAAAAUGUGUGAUAACUCAAAUAUUAACACUCACUACUAUAUGGUUGAAGAGGAAGGUGGCUUAGAUACGUACUACAGGAUGUCUGGACAUAAUUACGUUACGCAAGCCCCAGGUGCUGGCAGUAUUAUUUCUCCCAACUACAAUAGACGCAUAUCUGGAUCAAUAGAAGAAGGUAUAACCCGAAGAUCUACUCCAUUCUCUUUCUCUCCUAGUUAUACCCGAAUCACUUCUUCUGUAAUGCCUAACAUCAUGAGCAGAACAAAUGGAUAUAUGUAUUCAAUGUAA